GCAUAAUGCAAAAUACGUGCAUUUUAUCCGAAAACUAAUCGAUCCAAAAUUCAAUCAAAUUAAGUGAUGACACCCAUGCAAAACCGAACUUAUAACCCAAAUGAACAUUGAAGAAUAUUUCUUUUCACCGUAGAAGAGUUUAAUUUUGACCGCCUAAUGCAAUCCAUCUCCCCUUGCUGCAUAAAAUUGUUUAUACAGCGUUCUCAAUUUGAAUUGUUACUUUUCCCGUGAACUGCAAUGCGUUGCUUCCCCUCGGUAUGGAGUAGAUAGUUGAUUCUGUUAAUUUUGAUUGAAGGUUUUAUUUUUGAUGAGCUAUGACCCCUUACUGUUGGGUUUAAUCUUUGGUUUUGAUAUUAAUUGCUUCUAUUCUAAACACUUUCUUCUUUUCUUUUGUCCUGCUUUUCUGGGAACAGCUUGAAAUCUCUGCUUACAGUUCUUGUUACAUUCAUGAACCAAUCUUAUGUCUUAUUGAGGAGUGAACAGAUUAAAAUAUCAAAAUUUUUAAGGCAAUGUUCAAACAACUUUUGUCUUGAACAAGGAUUACAGGCUCAUACUGCUGCAAUAAAAUUGGGUUUUUCGACUCAUAUGAUAGUAAGCAAUGAUUUGGUGGAUAUGUAUUGUAAGUGCCGAAAAUUGGACAAUGCCCAUAAAGUGUUUGAUGGAAUGCAUCAGAGAAAUGUAGUUUCUUGGACAUCUCUCAUAUGUGGAUAUUUGCAUCACUGUGAUGCUCAAAGAGCAUUGUCUCUUUUUCAUGAGAUGAGUUUAUCUGAUAUUAAACCAAAUGAUUACACUUUCUCUGCCUGUUUUAAGGCUUGCAGUAUUCUGGGUAUCCCUGAAAAAGGAAUGCAAAUUCAUGGAUUCUGUGUUAAAGCUGGGUACCAAUGGUUUUCAAUUGUUGGAAAUUCAAUUGUUGAUAUGUAUGCAAAAUGUGGUAAAAUUAGAGAUGCUUUUCAGGUUUUUGAUGAAAUUGAUAUCAAGAGUCUCAUAACAUGGAAUACUAUCAUUGCAGGGUAUAGUUCUCAAGACAAUGGAAAGACUUCUAUACAAUUGUUUCGCAAAAUGCAGAAAGAGGGUGUGAUUCCUGAUGAGUUUACUUUCACAUCAGUCCUUAAGGCUUGUAACAAAAUUGGGGCGAUUUACUCUGGCACUCAAAUCCAUGGUGUAUUGAUUACAGGAGGAUUUCCUGUUUCUUCUCAGACAGCUCUUCUUGGUGCUCUUAUUGACCUGUAUGUAAGAUGUGGAUACUUGGUUGAAGCUAGGAAACUCUUUGAUAAUGUUGAUGACCGGAGUGUUGUUUCGUGGGCCUCUCUGGUUUUGGGUUAUGCACAAGCGGGUUAUUUUUCGGAUGCUAUGGUUGUGUUUAGACAGCUUAGAGAGACCAUUGUGACGGUUGAUUCGUUCACUUUGUCAGCUUUGAUUGGUGUCUUUGCUGAUCUUGCUUUCAUGGAGCAAGGGAAACAGCUUCAUGCUUAUGCCAUUAAGGUCCCCUCUGGUUUAGAGCUAGAAGCUGGGAACUCAAUUACUGACAUGUACCUAAAAUGUGGAUUAAUGGAAGAAGCAGAAAGAUUUUUCAUGGAAAUGCCGGUGAAAAAUAGAGUUUCCUAUACUGCAAUGAUCACUGGCUAUGGAAAACAUGGUCUAGGAAAAGAAGCAAUCUUCUUUUUCAAUAAAAUGGUAUCAGAAAAUGUAAGGCCUGAUAGGAUAACAUACUUGGCUAUCCUGUCAGCUUGUAGCCAUUCAGGCUUAGUAAAAGAGUGUGAAGAAUACUUUUCACAGUUGUGUAGUGACCGUUGGAUCAAGCCAGAAGUGGAACACUAUUCUUGCAUGGUCGAUCUUCUUGGUCGAGCCGGGCGUCUAACUGAAGCUAAGAAUCUCAUAGAGAGCAUGCCAGUGAAACUGAAUGUAGGUGUGUGGCAGACCCUGCUGAGCGCUUGUAAAGUUCAUGGGAACUUGGAACUCGGGAAAGAGAUCGGAAAAAUCAUCUUGGAGUUAGACGGAGAUAACCCAGUAAACUACGUUUUAAUGUCGAACCUUUACGCUAAUGCUGGAUACUGGUAUGAGUGUCAGAAGCUGCGAGAAGCUGUGAAGAAGAAAGGGUUGAGAAAAGACGCUGGCCAAAGCUGGGUUGAGAUCGACAAAGAGGUCCAUUUCUUUUAUGGUGGAGACGAUACACAUCCACUGACCGACAAAAUUCAUGAAGUGUUAAAAGAAAUGGAGAGGAGAUUAAAAGAAGAAUUGGGUUUUUCGCACGACGUAAGGUUUGCAUUGCAUGAUGUGGAAGACGAGUCUAAGGCGGAUAAUUUGAGAGUUCACAGUGAAAAACUGGCUAUUGGACUAGCACUACUUUGUGCAGGGAAGGAUCAGAACAAAAAAGUGAUACGAAUUUUCAAAAACUUGAGGGUUUGUGGUGAUUGCCACGAGUUCAUUAAAGGUUUAUCUAAGGUCUUAGAGAAAGUGUUUGUUGUUCGUGAUGCGAAUAGAUUUCACAAAUUCCAUAAUGGGGUUUGUUCGUGUGGAGAUUAUUGGUAAUGUAGUCACGUAGAUGCGUACUUAUGAUCUGCACACUGCGACUACACAGCUAUGUCCAAAACGAGUACUUCUGAAAACCCGACUGGUGCUGCUAUACAGAGUUUCGGACCCAGUUAUGAUGGAACAUUAUGUGUGUCUUUCAUCCAUGUUUUCACUACCCGAAUGCAGUAGAACCUCGACAUUCUUGGACAGCAACGCCUUGUGUUUGAAUUCAUAUUCUCAAGUGUCCCCGUCAUGUUUGAUGAACAUUUUUCACAACCAGCACGAUGUCAAAUGAGCGGUUUUUGACGACAAUGAGAAGUUGUGCUCGAACGUGCAUGAGCUUGAAUUUGUAUUCUCAUGUGACUCAUUAUGUUUUUGAUGACAGUAAUGCAGGAAAACCCGGGCAAGCAGAAGAGCAAAUGGGUCUGUCAUCUGUGUAUGAGCUCGUCUGAGCAAAUCAUCGAGUGAUGGCACAAUGUGUCGAGCAUGGAAAGGGCACAUUGUGGAUUGCUUGCUCGAGCUACUAGCAUGGGUGCUUGAGUGGGUACCCAAUUACUCGGACGAGCAGUAAUAUCUGAGCAAGCAAUGUAGAGCAACGUAGGAAAAAUGUCAUGGUUGAAUCGUGCUUGGACUAGCAGCCGAGAGCUCAAGCUAGCAACAUACUACGAGCAAGGCAGUGUGAAGGGUUGAGCUCAUGCUCGAAGAAGCAUCAAAACGCUUGGGCAAGUUAAUGUGGCGGAGGAAAGACAAUUUUUUAUUAAUAUUGACGGAAGUUAUUUGUGUAACCAUAUAAAAAUUUAAAAUCUAUAGAUUAUGUAUGUUAAUGCAAGUGUCAAAACACUUAAUAAUGAUGAUGAACUUGAUCACUUAAUUGAACAUGCUUUAGCUUGUACUUCGGAGAAGGACAAUGAGGAUGUGUUAUAUGUAAGUGAAUUAGUGUUUGGUGCUAUCAAUGAAGUGAUUGAUGUGGGGCGUUUGAGGCUUCACUGUGGAACUAUGCUUUGAACGAGUCAAGGCAUGGGAAUUGGAUUGCUCGAAUAAGGCAACACAAAAUAGCAAACAGAAGGUGUCAGAGGGGAGUGCUCGUUCGAGAACAUUGUUCUGCAGCUUCCAGUAGGUUCUAAUGAGGGUGCCUUGUUCGAGCAUUUGCCUUGGAUUUUUUUUUUUUGGUUAGUUUUUGCUUCUUGAAGGGCAUUGAAAGGUUGUGUAACUACUUAUUUAAUGCUAUAUAUAUUGUCGUGCAUUAUUGUUGAUGUUAAUUGUGGGUUUAAUGGUAAUUAAUGUGUGGUUCUAGAAUGAUGUACACCUUCAUCUAUAAAAAGGUACAUCAUUCAUAGAACAAACACACCACAAACACACAAACUUGUGAGAGGGCAAGUUUAAUUGUUAGAAACUUGAAAAUAUUCUUACUUUAUUCUAGUAUUGUGAUCUUGAGAGUUUGUUCUUAAGAAAAGAGAUAUUAUACUUGUAUUGUUGAAUCAAUUAUAAUAAAACUACAUUUUAGGGGAG